GAGGGGGCGGGAUAUCUGCUGAUGGACAAAGUUGACCGGGGGUGGGUGAAGUUGGUAGGUAACAUGGGCUGAGUUAAAAAAAAAAAAGAAAAAAGGAAAAGUAUACUUCCCUGAACUGUCAAACACCUGUGGCUUGCCUAGCCAUUAGGGGAACAUGGGAAAAUCAUUUCUUUCUUUUUUUUUUUUAUUUGAAAUUUUUUUGGUGACAUUUUUUCCUUUUGAAAAGGGCAACCUCAAAGCUCUACCUGCUGCUAUGGAUGUGUGUUUUUGGGUUUGAAGGAAAAGAAGACGAAGAGAAAAAAAAAAAAUCUAAAGAGAGAAGUCACACUGAACUCUUUUUCUUCGAUGGGACUGCAUUUUAAGUGUCGACGGUCAACGUGAACUCACUCCUCAUCCGUUUUCCUUCCCCCCCCCCCCUUCUCGCUCACCUGCCCCGGCUCGACCCACCACCCCACCUCCCGCUUCAUGUCAGCUGCCCGCGCUGGCUUUGAGGGACUCUAUCUGCUGUAACUCCGAUGCUAUGGAUCACGGACCUCUUCACUGUACCACCCCCUUCUCCUUGUUGGAAUGCAGGCGCACAUAACUCGCAUUAAUCACCUCCCAGUCAUACACCUGCCAAGAGCGCCCAUGCUCGCGUCUGGCCCUUCACACUACCAGUAUUGUGUGUGUGUGUGUGUGUGUGUGUGUGUGAGAGGGAGAGAGAGAGAGAGAGAGAGAUAUAGAUAGUCUGUGUGUGUGUGUAUAUAUGUGUGUACACGUGUGUGCAUGUGUACGAGAUGCCCUUGUUGACUGAAGGACAUGUAUGAAGUGGUUAUUGUAAAUGGAGGGUGUUAUUUUUUUGUAUUUUAUUUUUCUUUCUUUUAUUUGUUUUAUAUAUUUUUGGGGGGGAGGGGGGGGUAGGGUGUUGUCUUUUGGGUUUGCUCACUUGUCAAGAUGUUUAGUUCCCUCUAUCAUGAAAUCCAGAUGCAUUUAUUCUGCGUAUGCUGCCGCAGUGUCCAGUUGACCGUUUCAGCUGAUUGUCCUCAUCCACUUGUCUCCCAGUCUCGCAUUUGAGGGAUGUCCUGGGAAAAACUUGAAAAAUCCACAUACCUAAGUUGACUCAGAAAUGGAUUUGUGCUUUUUUUUUUUUUUCCCUUUCUUUUUUAAUACGAGAAAGGAACUUAUUUGGAUUUCAGUUUUGUUUUAUUUGUGUCUGUCCAUACCCCACAACACACUUUUUUAACGUCAUCAACUUAUGGUAAUUUAUUCUAAUAAUAAUAAUAAAUUUCACUUCACAGAUCCCCCACCUGUUUGUGUAAAGGACUUGCACACAUGCCCGAAGCGUGUCUUCCGUAAACGCCGAAGGUCGAUCAAGGUCCAGCCCUGACAAACUCCGACACCUAAGCGUAUUAGCAGCAGAGAUACAUGUGACAAGUUGUUUCAUUUGUUCUUUUUUUGCUUAUGAUUUUUACUUCUUAUUUAUCUGGAUUGGGUGAAGCACUGUGCACUGAGUAUUCUCACACUUAUCUGUGUUUAGGGGGAGAGAUGUCAGAGUGAGGGCUGUCUGGGAAAUAUUUUUUUUCUAAGAAUAUUACAGUACAAGAAUACAUAGAGUAAAGAAUAUGUGAAUGGGCAUAAAGGUGGUAAUAACUGACCAUCUCUCAUCACUGUAAAUUAAUAAAAUGAAUUAAACAAAGAAAAAUGGUUUGCUUUCUUUGCGUAGUAUGCCAACUUUAGCGUAAUAACCCUGGCCGACAGUUUAAUAUUUAGCUACUCAAAUUGAAUGAUUAACCUUUACCCAUGCAUCACCAUAGAGACAACGGGCUGGUCUCUUCUCCCACCGCUCGCUUUGCUGGACUAAAGCCUAAGUCGUGGCCAGUAGGAGCGCCGAGCCAUCGGCAGGGCACAUUUGCACAUUGUAUGUAUUUAGUGCAUAGCAAGUAGCCAUUGAUGCUGGAUGCAAUUAAGUUCCAUGCCUAGACAAGUCUAUAGCUUAUUAGUAUUUGUGUUGCAACAAAUUUGGCUCCACCGUAGCGCAAAUGAUAGCCUACAAAUGAUGUUGCCAUCGAAUGGGAUUUCCCGGAUUUCUUCUGAUAUGAAACGUUGCGAUCUCUUCAAAUGAAUAUAAUCGGGACAUGCAUUAAUCUGUGCGUAAUCCUUUGGUACUCCGUUUCAAAACACGUUCAUGGCCUGCAGCCCGGCGCCUUGUGACAAAAACAAUGUGUUGGACUAUCUCCUGUGUUCUGAGCCCACACAUGUGCGGAUUGCAGUGGAAGUUUUGAUACUCUUGACUCAGGAGAGUAAGCGGUGUCUGGUGGAGAGUAUUCUUCGGGCAGAGAGGAAAAAUGAUUGUAUUCGUGUGCUUACACAUAUUCUGUGCUCAGCGGAUCACUGGCUAUGCAGCAGCGCAGCCUACUUGUUUGGGGUUCUGAUGGAGAGUGAGACUAUUCGGCAGACUCUGAAAAAAUGUAGUCAUGAGAGCAAUGGCAGUUUGGUGGCUGUCUUGGGACAGCUCCUGACCAAAGAUGAUCCAGACAUCGUCAUGAAUUCUGCAGGGGCCAUAGCCUCUUUGGUAAUGUGGAGAGCUCCGAGGGCCGUCAGUGGCUACUGGGCCAGCCGGAGGUGUUGGGCCAGGUCCUGGAGAGCCUGUCUCACCUCCUGGGCCACGCCAGGGAGAGUAUGGUCAACUCAGCUGCUCUGAUUCUCGCCCAGCUGUCCUUGUGCGAGGAGGCCUGCCAUAGCCUGUUGAGCCAGCCCUCGGCCACCAGGACCCUGAGUCGACUGGCACAGUGCCUGGCACACAGCGACACAGACACAGCUAUGAAUGCAGCCUUUGCAGUGGGCCGCUUGUGUGGCAGUGAGCAGGGCAGGACUCUUAUCUUGGCACAGGCCAGAGAACAUCAGCUGGUCAGCAGUCUGCAGGCUCUAUUGUGCUCAGGGGCGGGCCCAGAGCCAGGGCAGACGGCCUGCUUUGCACUCAGUUGCCUGGCAACGGAGGAAGACGGGCAUGCCCUAGUGCUGGACAGUCCUUCCUUUCCCGGACUGAUGGAUGGCCUCCUGCAGCUGUUGCAGAGACCGGAGCAUGACAGCACUUGGUUUGCUGCUUUGACAGCCAAAGUGCUCGUCUCCCGGCCCCGGGGAGUUCUGAGAGUGAGAGAACAUGGUCUACUGGAGAAGCACCUACAGGCCCUGUCCCUCUCUCCCUCCUCGGGGCCUGAGCUCCAGGAGGAGCUGAAUGCCUGUCUGAGGAAGCUGCAGCGCCUCCCUAAGCCCGUUCCCGUCACUGUCCACCUGCUACUGCAGGGGCCCUGCAGGGUGUCGUGGGAGAAGUGCACCCCAGAGAGUGGCCUGGAGGUGACUUACUGUCUCCAGGACAGAGACACAGUGCUCUACCAUGGCCCUCUGUGUAACACCACCAUCCCACCCUCAACCUUCCUCCGUGGGGACCGGCCCGCACUCUCACUGAGGCUUAGUCACUCCACCUCAGAUGGGGAUGUCAGUCCCCUCAGCGAGGCAGUGGUCGUCGAGUCAGACAGGGCCGGACUCAGGCCGGGUCCUCCACGGGAGCUACGCGUGAUUGGCUGCACGGCGUCACAGGUGCGGCUGCGCUGGGUGGCCCCUGAAGGAGAGCAGAGGCUAAAGGGGUAUCACGUCUACCGCGGGGACACACUGGUGGACACCACCGCCGAGCCUGGGGUGAUAGUGAGUGGGCUCUCUCCCUCCACCCAGUACCGGCUGCGUGUGUGUGCACUGGGGUUGGGGGACGCCACCGGACCCUUUGCAGAGGUGGAGGCCAGCACAGCUGACGCCCAGGACCAUGCUCCCUCUGUGCUGACCGUGGUGGUACUCGGCCGACACGAGCUGCAUGUAUGCUGGGGAGCUCCGCUGGCGCCCCUGGGGCGGCUGUUCAACUACGAGCUGAGGAUGAACGGCGACGUGGCCUACCUGGGCACGGAGCGCGUGCACACGGCCCGGAGGCUGGCCUCCAACACGGCCUACACCUGCACUGUCACGGCCAUCACCUCCAGGGGGCGCUGUGAGUGCCAGCCAGUCACCAAGAGGACUGCACGAGAUGAGUAUCAGCACACUCAGAGAUGUCUGUACUCGCCCAGCCGCCAGACGGCCGGCCCCUCUCCGCUGGCACGUGAGGCCAGCGCGGUCAGUGAAAAAGUCAAAAAGUCACACUCACCACCCAAACAUCUGCCCAAGGUCCAGCUCACCGGUUAUCAUCACCGGCGGGCAACCCCCAUCAGAGACAGACACAGGCAUUCCCCAUCUGCAGAGCAAGGACCGGCCUCCGAGAGCACUCAGAAAGCAAGCCAGGGUCUUGUGAGUGGGUUUGAUGUGAGAGCUCUCCUGGAGAGGGGUGAGAUGGGCGCUGAAGUGGAACAGUGCCCACUAAUGGUGCCCCUGAGAUGCCCUUUGUCCAGACGCUCAAAGACUGAGAUUAACCUGUGGGCUCAGCCAUCUCUGAUGAAUGGCGCUCUUAUUACACCCAAAAUCAGUCCAGUUACUGUGUAUGAAAAUGAAAAUAAGACAUUUGUCCCAGAGCCCUUACUGCAGUGGAGUGCUACUAAGAGGGGCUUAGAAAAGAGGGGUAGAUUACCCCUUAUCAAUCCUCAUAGCUGCAGUGUGAGGACCAUUCAGCCCGUUAGUUAUUCUUGGUCUGACUUGGAUCGGACUGGACACCACUCCAACAGGGCGAUUCGAAACAGCAGAAUUAUGACAAGACCCAGAGCACUCAGUGAAGCCAGAGCAAGGCACCAUCAUACCACUCUGAGAAAGACCAGCAUUUAAACCCUCUGGACCGCACUGAAGAGGAGGUUAAAGGAGGAGGGGCACUUCCCCAGUGGUUUUCAGUCAUUCAAAAAAAUAUGCAUGCAUAUUAUGUUGACGGUAAAAGAGACAAUCUAACAAUCUCUAUGUUCUGCCCCAAAUCCUGAUAUAGAUGUGUGUGUUAUCAGUACAGAUUAAUGGUACAUGUGGUAGAAAUGUAAUCGGUAGCGCAUGUAUUUCGGUGCUGAGUAACAUUAUUGUGUAGUAGGCCUAUGUCUAUUUGUUUGCGAUGUGUGUAUUUAAAAUAUGUGGAGUGUUUUGUUGGAAUUCAUAUGUUCUAAUAUUGAUUGUCACAAUAAAAGAUCCCAAGUUGUCA